CGCUGAGUGCGAGCAUGUGUGCAGUCGACAGCGCGUAGGCCUGCUGCGGGCCGUCAGCGCGAGAGGAGGGAGGAAAAGUCUGUUUACACAGACGGCAAACUGCCUGGGGAAUCGUCGGGGAGAGGAAGUCAGCCGGCUCUGUGUCUGCGUGCUCCAACUUCCUGCUCAGAAAAAGAAAAAGCACAGGAUCCUAUUUCAGUCCAGCACAACUGUGUAGACGAGGGCUCCAGCAGAAAGCAUGGAAAAACAAGGAAACUCUCCAGCGACGCCGUAAAGUUUCGAGCAGUGACCGGACCAAGUGAGAGACCGCAGACAUGGACAGUGCCAUCACCCUGUGGCAGUUCCUACUGCAGCUGUUGCUGGACCAGAGUCACAAACACCUGAUCUGCUGGACGUCCACAGAUGGAGAGUUCAAACUCCUAAAAUCUGAGGAAGUUGCCAAACUGUGGGGUCUUCGCAAAAACAAAACUAACAUGAACUACGAUAAGUUGAGCCGAGCCCUGCGCUACUACUAUGACAAGAACAUCAUCAAGAAAGUGAUUGGGCAGAAGUUUGUGUACAAGUUUGUGUCUUUCCCUGAAAUCCUGAAGAUGGACCCUCAGUCCAUGGAGCUGGGCAGGGUCCCGCUGCAGGAUGCAGAGGCAGCAGAGCUGGAGUUGGAGGAGGAGGAGGAAGAGGAGGGGGAGGAGGUGCAGAGGAAGGCCUUGGGGGUGCUGGGACAACAGCAGUGUCGUACUGACUACCUGCACUCAGGCCUGUACUCCUCCUUCAGCCUCAGUUCUCUGCAGAAGCUGAGGGAAAGACAGGAUGAGCCACGCUCCGUCAUCCGCUUUGGAAACAAUGACAGGAGUCCGCCUCCAACAUCGAAACCUGAGUCCUAUGUGUCCCCAAGACCCCUGUCCCAUUCCCCUCAGUCCCCUCACAGCUGGAGCCCAGUACGAGAGGAGGAGGACUUAGACAGUGCCCAGCCACUCAACCUGUCAGCAGGACACAGGGAGCGGGCACAGCGAACCCCUGACAAGAGGAGGAACAAUAGUAGCUCAGGAGAUGGACUCCCCCCAAAAAACAAAAAGCCCAAAGCGCUGGACAUCUCUGCCCCGCCCCUAAUGCUGGCAGGAAGUGACAUUGGCUCCAUCGCCCUCAACAGCCCCGCCCUGCCCUCCGGCUCGCUCACUCCAGCCUUCUUCACUGCACAGACCCCCUCAGGCCUGCUGCUGGCCCAUAGUCCGCUCCUGUCCGGGAUCCACUUCUGGAGCAGCCUGAGCCCUGUGGCCCCCCUUAGCCCGGCCCGCCUACAGGGGCACAGCUCCCUUUUCCAGGUGAGAACUCAACAAACUGCACAUGUAAGUGGAGGCAAAGGAAACAUAACAAUAAUGCAGUAUACUGUAGACAUACAGUUGCAGAUGCUAUUUACAUGGCAUAUUUAGUAGUUUGUGUAGAUAAUGAGUUAUUCAAGAUCAUGGGCGUCAACUUAAACAUAUGUUAAUUUGUUCUUGAACACAGUUUCACUUGUUUUAAACACUAUCCCAUUCAGGUAAUUGUAACAAUAAGUUUUCACCAAAACCUGUAAAUGAGAUGUAGGAGAUGGCUGAGCAAAUAGUGCAGGUCUAGCAGAGGUGUCCUGUUUCAAGUGGGGAGGAAAUCCUGUGAAUACUUCCUGUUUGAGCCCAGGGGAGCCGGUCUGAACAGGGCGGACUGGUUUAGAGCCGCUCUUUCUCAAACACCACACCGGAUCCUGAGACAAACAAAGGUGACUUGUGUUGUGGUGCAUAGGACAGACCAGAAGGAAGAGCGACCAUGAGUUUAAAAACAGGAAACUGCAGUCAGUGACAAUGCUGCCG